ACUCACUCGGCGGCGGCGGAGGAGGCAGGAGGCAGUUGUACCGGCGGCGACGGCGACGGCGACUCUCGCUUCCACUGGAGAAAUGUACGCAGUUUGAGGACAGCCACAGCCCUCAUACGACAACACGUCAAUUUUAAACCGGGACACGACAACACGACAACGGGGGGGGGGACGUGUAACGGCGCGAUACGACGCAUUGGGGAAGCUCCUUCGCGGAAGACCCUCGCGAGCUGGCGCCUGUCCGAUGUCCUCUCCUGCCCUGGUGUGAUGCGUCAUGGCCCCGCUGCUGACUGGCGUGUGGUGGGGGCCGGAGGCCGGCGUGGUCGGGGCGGAGGCGGGGGGCCGGGCGGCGGCCUGGCUGUGCGGCGCACACCUGGUCCCGGUGGUCGCCCUCAGCGCCCUGGCCGCCCUGGUGCUGGUGUCUGUUUUACUGCUGCUGUGCACAAGCUGCCGUGGACAGAAGAAAGCCGCCACUGGGCAUCCAGCAGGAGACAGGGUGGACCUCAUGGAUGCGACAUCGGAUAAAGAGACCAUCAGCCAAUCGGCCGACAGUCCGGUGACGGACGUUUGCGUCAGCGGCUCUCGCAACGGACCUUUUACCAGCGGUACAAUCCUCACAGACACACAAGCCGGCAGCCCUCAGCCGUCAGAGGAGAUGCCCUCCAGCCAAUCGGAGAACAGGUCCUCCAAGUGUCCGCGGGGCCGCGAGCUGCCCAGCAUCCCGCCCAGCAGCUCCCUGGUCAGGGACGCCGUCCCCCCGACCUCGGGGGACAGCACCUAUGAGGUUGUGAAAGACAUGUCGACAGCGUCUCGAGACGUCAGCGUGGAGGACUCUCUCUACGAGACAGUCAAGGAUCUCAAAGACCCCCCGAAGAAGCUGCGCCUCCCCAACGGUACCGCCAGCCUGUCUCCCGCGCACGCCCCACCUCCUCCGCCGCCCCUCGUCAACGGCCACGCGGGCGUUCCCGCGGGCAGCCCCGGGACGCCCGAGUACGCCUCGGUGGACCGCAACAAGAAGAGCCGCUUCAGCGCGGACCUGGAGGCCAAGCGGCGUUCCGAAGUCGGCGGAGUUCCGUCUCCCGGGGCCAAGGAAGAACCUGAGGAUAUGCCGCCGCCGCUACCGGAGAAGGUUCUGGAUGAAAACGACAACCAGCCCACGCUGAUGAACGGGCACGCCGGGCCGGAGGUGCACGACGGGAAGACUUGCGAGUACUCCUCUGUGGACAGAACAACCACGGGGGACGGCAGCGUGACCUGUGAGGACAAGGAGCACGACUACAGCAGCAUUGCCGAGCUCAAAGGUCUGAUCCCGGCCGGGUCUUCUGGGGACCUGUACGCCAGCGUGAGGGACGUCUACGCCCAGCCGGCGGGGGAUGGCGCCGACCCGGGCUACGAGAGCAUCCGGAUCCCAAAGACUGGCGGCAGCUCGGACGAGGAGCGCAAGGAGGGGAUCGGGGCGGACGGUUCGGAACCCGACUACGAGAGCGUGGGGGAGUUGGGUCUGGGUCGGGAAAUGUCUCGUCUUUGAGCAACCGAUCGUCAUUUAUCAUCAUCAUCAUCAUCAUCCUCUUGUAGACUAGUGAGCGUGUCUGGAGACACUUAGGGUGAAUGUCAUUGGCUACUAAUACCCACCUGGUCGUCGCAAAUACCUCUGGAUGACAUAUCACUCCACACAUGCUGCAUUUCAAAGGUGACGCAUGAAAAAUCUUGAAGAAAAUUUGAAUGUUCCAGAGACGAUUACGGAUUUAGAAAGGACUUUGGAAAAGGUUUCGGCAUGCCAUUCGGAUAAGAACACAAACCUGUGACCAUACAUUUGGUAGUUUCAUAUCAAGAGCAUCUGCAUUCAUGCGUUCAAGAUUCAAAGUCUCGAGUAGUGUCCCCACUUAGGGGGCCGCACACUUUGCACCUUCGGGGGCCGACCCGACGCGCUAAUCUUCAACGACGCAAAAUUUGAGUUUUGUUCAAUUUCGGGGGCAGUAUCCUUCGAGAGCUUACCUGCAAAGACCCAACCUUUGUGCCACCCCUUGAAGACCACCCUUACUUUUGAGUUGGCACCCUUCGAGAAACCAUCCCAUACGCCAACCUUUGAGGACCCACCCUUCCCACCGACUUGGGUCCACCUCAUAAUUUGCCAUUGUAAGAGUUGCCAUUCAGGGUUGGCACCCUUCAAGGACCCACCCUUCCCACCAAUUUGGGUCCACCCUAAAAUUUGAGUUGAAGGACCCACUGUAUGCACAAACUUCAAGGAGCCACCCAACACAACAGCCAUUAAGAGCCCACCCGAGUCACCAACCACGCAAAGAUUUUACUUACAAAUCGAGCAUGAACCCUUAUGUCACGAUGCUACAUGCUAGCAAAUGUAAUCUAGGUCCCGCAGAUAAUGGGGACAGCGCUUCAGUAGCGUCAUAGCCUUUACCAAGUUUGCUGUCCCACGCGGACAUUUUCUUGUGAAUUUGCUAUUUAUUUACAACAACGUGCCAAUGUGAACGUGUGCCUGCCUGCCAGAAGAAAAUUCUUUUUGGAGUUUUCCCCGAGGUUUCUAGCGCUUUUAUAGACGGAAAACGUUCGGUACGUGUUACCUUGACUUAUUAACGACUUCAUCUAGUGUGGACGUGAUGACCAAUUCAAACAUGAUUCUUAUCAUUAUCAAAGCGGGCGAUUUGUACGCGAUCUUGGGGUACAUUAUAUCGUCUUCACUUCCUUGAUGGCGUCUCGGCACAAGGUCUUUAUCAUGGUACAGUAUUUUCUGUUUCCUCUGCACAAUUUCAAUAUCUUAAUGCUUAAAUGUAUAGUAGCACAAGAAUACUUAAUACAGAGCACUAUUUUAACCCAGCUUUCCCCGCAGAAAUAUUGUGUGUUUAUGUAUAUUUGUCCAUUUUUUGAAAUUGGAAAAGCACUGAUGGACACGUGCAAACGGUGUCGUCCAAUGGCUAGUCACCUUGCUUCGAGCUAGUAGCCAAUCAAUUGUCAGGAAAAAAAUUUGGUACAGUGUGUUGGUACGUUUAAUUUUUGUGGUACUUUUAUUUAAAAAUUGAAUUACACUUUUGUUGUGACGAUGUUUUGUGUAAAUAUCAAGCAAUCCCCGUUUGUGUGUGUGUGGUUUUUUUUAUUUUUUCUUAUUAGACUUGUGGCUGUUUAAAUAAAUACAAACAUUUUCAACCUA